CAGUAAGCUCAUAAGUGUAGAAAACUCGCUUCAGCACUUCUCCUGGCACUUCUCUGUAGAAGUUCAAAUACCGCAGUUGUAUAAAAACCUUAUUCACCGAGCGUAGCGAACCGAACUCAACAAACACCACCGAUUAAAUACCACAAGCAAACCAAAAAACAGAGCAAAACCACGUCGAACUAACACCAUGGAGCAAUUUGCAACGAUGCCAGAGAACGAAGCGAAGCGUUUCGCUGUGUUAACGUACGAGCAAGUCGUCCGUCUGGGAGAAGUGCUGAGUAGAAAAGUUGAGAUACACGGCCGAGGCAAUUUUCCUACCAUCCAAGUUGUCCUCAAGGACCUUGUCGAAGCCGUGUCCUCUCGUCUGCGAGACAAAGGCGUGAAAUUACGCGACAUUCGUCUAAAUGGAGGAGCCGCAAGUUUUGUGCUGUGUCAAGACAAAAAUUAUAUAUUCAAUGACUUAGACUUAAUAUUCGGAGUCGAUUUGUCAUGUCCUCAACGAAUUCACAUGAUUUUCGACGUCGUAAUGGAUGCUCUCACGGAUUUCUUGCCCGAAGGAGUGAGCAAGAAUCGAAUGUGUAGCGCUACACUAAAAGAUGCUUACGUCAAGAAAUUGGUCAAAGUCACAGACGAGACGAACAGUUGGUCGCUCAUUUCACUGUCAAACGACGACGGAAGGAAUGUUGAGCUGAAGUUUGUCGAUACAAUGAAACGGCCAUUUGAAUUCUCAAUCGAUUCCUUUCAAAUAAACUUGGACUCGCUUCUGAGCUUUUUUAAGCUUUCGACUUUGCCAAUCAAGCCGAAUUUCUUCCCGAGCGUUCUUGCGGAGUCCGUCUACGGGGAUAUCGGGGUUGCCCUACACCACUUGGACAAUCGCUUAAUUGCGACUCGAAACCCGGAGGAAAUUCGUGGCGGUGGGCUCCUAAAGUACUGCUACCUGUUGGUGAAGAGGUACACUCCAGAAGAUCGCAAGGAAAUCAGGAGCAUGGAACGCUAUAUGUGCAGUCGUUUCUUCAUCGACUUCGGUGAUCUCGAUACACAAGUGAGGAAACUUCAGAAAUACUUGCAAGACCACUUUCAGGGCGACGAACGCGUUAAAUGCGAAUACCUCCGAAUCCUGUAUCGCACCAUCGCAAGCUCUACCGUGUGUCUCAUGAACCACGAACGUAAACAGACAUUGAUGAUCAUUGAGCAAAUGGCUAACAAUAUCGAACAUGGUUUGCUCGAGAUGAACUAUUAUUAUAGGCCGAUGCCAACGCGUUUCCCAGCCGGCAACUGCUACUACAAGGGUCCGGGAUUUAGGAACCACCACCACACGCAUCAUCAUCAUCACAACCACAGUCGUUACAGAUUUUACCCUACGUGUUCAGCGCUGGCCCCGAUGGCCACCUAACUUUGGGUCUGUAUUUUAUAAGAAAAAAAAAAUACACUGUAUUAGUUGUGCGUCAACUUCGCGACGCCGAACAACUUAACUUCUCGAUUGCCGCUACAUUAGGCUUGGAAAGAGACGCUUGACUCCUGUAAUAAUAAUGGGCCACCGUAACGUUGGGAUUUAUUGAUUAUAUGUAACUAUAUUUCUGGCUUUUUUAUUGCUGUGGUAUAUAUACUGCAUUGCUCAAUACAAGCCGUAAUGUAGAGUGUGUGCGCUGUUUAUAGCGAACGAUAA